UUUUAAUCAGGAUAAAAUUUUUAGCUAUAAAUAUACGUAAUGCACAUAUGAGAACAAAUCAUACGACCUUUCAGAUUUUCUAAACUGAGUUAACGUUUCACCCAGUUUCGAGAUUAGGGCUUUCGUUGGCAAUAUAAACUGAGUUUCUUGUCAUUGUGUUUCUAUCUGAGUAAAGACAUUAAACUGAGUUUGAUUGUGCAAAAGAUGUCGGUCACAGCAGGAGUUAGAGAUGUUGCACUAGCGACUAGGGCAAAACUACAAGGUGGGAUUGGUCAGACUAGAGUGGGGAGAUAUUGGCCUGGAAAAGCUCCCGAGUGGGCCAAGGAAGAUCAUGAUGAUGAUGAUGAUGAUCAUGUUGGGAAGCACAAGAAGAAGAAGGUUGAUGUCUUGGAUGAUGAGUUGGAGAGGAAUAAGAAUGAUGAUCCAAGGCUACGCCGUUUAGGUCAAGUUAGAGCUGAUCAUCGGCGAGUUAGAGAGGCGGCUGAGGUUGUGUCUACAGAAGAAGAAGAGUUGAGGAAUCAAGAAAAGGAGGAAGAAGAUGUAGAUGCACUGGAAGAAAGAAGAAGCAGAAUUAGAGAAAAGAAUCUUAAAAGAACUCGAGAGGAGGCUGAUCUAAUGCCUCCUCUAGAAGAUGAAGAUGAAGAAGAGGUGCAAGAGGAAGAGGAGUCAGAGUACGAGACUGAUUCAGAAUACGAGAUGUUCGGUAUAUACAUGAUGAAACCUGUCUUUGUGCCUAAAGCUGUUAGGGAGACAAUAGCAGAACGUGAGAGGAUGGAGGCUGAAGAAGAAGCUCUUGAGGAACUAGCAAAGAAGAAACUUGAGAUGAGGAAGAUUGAGACCAAGGCAAUAGUGGUUGCGGAAGUCAGAAAAGAGGAAGAGAGACGCAAGAACGUGCAACUGGAAGAAGAAGCAGAUCUUGGAGAUGUUGAGACUGAUGAUGAGACCAAUGAAGCUGAAGAGUACGAAGCUUGGAAGACAAGGGAACUUGGUAAGAUCAAGAGAGAGAAAGAAGCAAGGGGAGCUAUGUUGAGAGAGAAGGAAGAGGUAGACAAGUUGAGGAACAUGACAGAAGAGGAGAGGAAAGAAUGUGGGAGGGAUAACAAUCCCAAGCCAUCAUCAUCAGAAAAACCGAAAAACAAGUGGAAGUUUAUGCAAAGAUACUACCACAAGGGUGCCUACUUCCAAGAGCAAGGAUCUGAUGAAACAGAUGAUAUAUAUCAGCGCGAUUACUCUGCUCCAACAGGAGUAGAUAAGCUGGACAAGUCAGUUCUGCGAGAAGUCAUGCAGGUGAAGAAAUUUGGUCGGAGUGGAGGAACUAAGUGGACUCACCUUGUCAAAGAGGAUACAACAUAUGGUGGCAAAAACAAAAAAGAUGAAACAAAAGAUUGGAGUGACCCUUGGGUUUCUAAUGUUUUUCUACGACAAAAGUACAAUAAGAGAAUGACAGCCAUGGAUGCUCCUAUUGCAAGACCAAAGGGUAGCAAGAGGAUGAAAGCUUGGUGAGACCUAAACCACACCAACAUCUGAUUGAGUUUCAAGUAAAGAACAUCUUUAGAAUUUUACUUAUUGUUGAGUUUUGUGAACUAAGAAUGCUCUACAGUCUCUGCUAUCAGUUUAUAGUUUCAACCUAAUAUUCACUUUGUUUUUGUUUUUUUUUUAUUCAGAUAACAAAUUCAAAAGAGGGCAAUAAAUUUCUUAAAACCAUUAAAAAGGUUUCAAGUUCUGAGCUAUCAUUUGCAAAACUGUUCAAACUUGUACCAAAGAUAAAACUGAUGUUGUAUGAUCUUCUAGAAAAACAUCAAAGCGGUGAUCUCUUUCUUGAGCUUUGCAAGCUCCUGCCUCACAACACAAUUACAACACAUGAAAAUCUAUUGAAUUGAGUGAUUUAAGUAAGACAGGUAAAUAACUGAGUUUAUUAGCAUUAGCAUUAGAAACAUGUAACUAGUUUUGAGGUUUGACAUUUCUCCUAAGAUAUAACAAGUUAAUUGAUCUAACAUCUAUCUAUCUUCCGAGUAUGGCAGAUGAGGGAUCACUCGUUGCAGUAAAACAGAGAUGGACACUGACCUGGAUUUUGGCCAACAUGAUCUUGAACCUAUCAAUCUCAUUGAGGGCAGCUCUUCUCUUCUGCACUAUUAGCUUCCGACCCCAUGAACUCUUCUCCCACCUGUUCUUCACAUAUGCAAACGUUUCAACAGGUCAAGAUGACACUUGCAAUGUCAGACA